AUGGCGAGUCUUCUGCUUCGGCUCUUCAACUCGAAGCAGUUCUCGCCUCAACAUGCUCUCUCCUACCUCCGUACCUAUUCCGACAACAUAGGCAUCACCUACUACCUCGUUGCCCAGCUCGAAUCUGCUUUCGAGCCCGAGGAGGUCGAAUUCUACUGGCCACAGCUCUGUCACCUGCUCAUCACAAGACCGUCCGAGUCGCGCGCUCUCGAAUGCUUCAUUCUCCGAAGAUGUAGCCAGUCGGUCCACGUCGCUCUUCUCACCCUCUGGUACUUCCAAGCCGCCCUCUCCGACCUCUCCUCCAACCCACAUACCGCCUCCUUCCACAUCUGCCAUCGCGUCUUCAACCAAUGCCAGCGCAUCCUCUUUGAAGAUCCCCUCUCCAGCUCCAAUUCGGUCUAUGCGCUCAGCACAGCUGCAGCCACCAGCCAAAAUGCCGCUGGGCCGUCCGGUUCCAAUCUGCUCCAGUCAGGCCUCCAAAGCCUGCUCGCCGCCGCCAGCUCUUUGGGACGGCAAAAGGUCUCGUCCCAAGCUCCGCUCGCCAACAUCGUCGGUAUCGGCUCCGUCAUGGCCAGUGUCCCAGCCAUGCCAAGUCUAGCCGGCAUCACAGGUAGUAUCGCCAUUGAGCAGGCCAGACGGCCGCCCGAUGCCAUGCAAGAUGCGCUUGCUGCGCGAGACGCUUACGACCACGAGGAGGACGGCGAAGUCUACGGCAGCGGUCAUGGACCAUCAGGCGAAGAUGACGCUGCCGACAGCUCGGACAAUGACUCCCUGGACGAAAAGACAACCAGCACAAGAGAUGCAGCCAAGUCAUCCAAUUCGCGCGUGAUGUCAAGAGCAGACACUGCUCCUCUUCCGCCGCCUAAAGAUAGACCAGCUCCCGCUUCACCCAGCAAGGAAGUCACCUCGGGUGGCUCACUGCCCGUCGCUCCGGCUGCUAAGAAGGUCGACAAUCCGUUCGCCACUUUCGCUGCAGGCUUCAACGCCGGCUUCCUCGAUCUCAGCAACAAAGCCGCUGCUGCCGUGAGCGACGUCUUUGGCCAAACGCAGGACGAGCACGUCAGCUCCAAUGGCACAUCUACCGCCAGCAAGAAGAAGCAGGCCUCUGGCAAGGUACCACCCCCCUGGUCUCCAUCGAAGCACCGUCAGCUCGCCUCGGUCAGCCACUCAACUGCUCCUUCGCGCUCGGUGCCCAACCUCAUCACAAGCAGAGGCAGCGUCUCCUCCGUCUUUGCCUCCUCAGCCACCCUCGACCAGUCAGGCGCCAAAACGGAAGCCAUCUUGGCGCUCUACAACGCCGAAGCGCGACGCAGCUUGCUCCGCUCCAACUACUGCAAGGUACAAACGCAGUUCCUGUUGUCGCUGCAGGACAUCUCGGCUCGUCUGUUGCUCAUCCCGAAGCCAGCUCGAGUCUCGGCGUUGCGCGCAGAGCUGACAGCGCUCAACCACAAGCUACCCGCCGAUGUCUGCUUCCCCUUGUGGUGCACGGCGGACGACCGGGAUGUUCGAACAGCUUUUGACGGCAGGACGCAGACUCGACGCCACCACCGCGUCAUCCGCAUCAACCCGAGUGAGGCCGUGGUGCUCAAUUCGGCCGACCGUGUGCCCUUUCUCUUGCACGUGGAAGUGCUCAAUAACGAUCUCGACUUUGAUCCCGAUCGCAGGCAGAACAGGGAGACGCUGCGGCGUCUGGUCACGGAGGAGGACGUGCGCAGACGUAAAGUGGCCGCUGCAUCGUCGGGCCGGUCAUCAUUCGUUCAGUCGACGACGGAGCACGCACGACGAGGGUCCGACUUCAACACGGAUGCACAGGUCAGCACGCCAGACGCUGUGCAGGACAGCGAGUCGCCAGGGCAGGUCACAAGGACUAGCACGCCCAAGCCUCAAUCGCGCCCCUUUACUCCGCCCAUCGAGCGUGAGGUUCAGCCCGAACGGCGAGCCCAAAACGCGUCCGGCGGCACCAAUAUCCCCCCUGACGACGGAGAAGAAAUGGACCUGACCGAGCAGAUGUACGGCUCCGACCUCGCCGGCUUUGGUGGAGACCACGACUCGUCCGACGACGAAGACCUCGCCUCUCGCAACCGAAUGCACGAUACUGCUGCAUGGACAUCCGCUCCCUCCGGCACUACCACGACCACCACCAGCUCCGUCACAGGCGGCACAGGCACCGAUGAACAGCUCGGUGCAGGUCACCGGCCCAUGAAAGAGUUUUCCCUCGACGAGUACGCCCAACGCAUGCGCACCGCAGCCAUCAUGCUCUCGCAGCUCAACAAAUCCACCAACGCCUCGAAGGCGCAGGCGAUCAUCAACUACGGUCCCAGCCUCAACGCGCAGGGUGGGUGGAGUUCGUGGAUUGUGCCCACCAACUGGUAUUCUUCGUCUGCGCCUGCUGCCAACGGGGGCGGGGGCGGGGCGGGGGACAAGUCCGAGAUCGGUCAAGGUUCCGCCGGUGUCAGUACGCAUGUCAAGACGAGCAUCGAUUCGACCCGCGUCAUGGCUGGGAUGCCGAUGGGUGGUGGAGGUGGCGGUUCACGGCUGGUGCACGCCGAGACGGAAGCCAUCCGCAAACGCAUCAUGGAAGAAAUGAUGGCUUUGGAAGAGGAGCGCAUGCGACGGAUGAAGGCGGGUGGUCGCCAAGUGUCUGCAUCACGGGCGCGCAAAUCGGCGGGUCAAAUGGCGGAAGACGAGGAGGAAGCGGUCCUCCGUGCUGUCAACAAGGACGAUCCCUCCGCUGCGAUGUUCAGCGAAUCCUGGGCGGCCAAGAAGCAACGCAUCCGGGCGUCCUCACCCUACGGCCACCUGGCCAACUGGGACGUGUUCUCCGUCAUUGUCAAGACCGGUGCGGAUCUGCGACAGGAGCAGCUGGCGGUGCAGCUGAUCAACGAGUUCGGUCGCAUCUGGCAGGAAACGGGGUCCAAAUGCUGGGUGCGCUACUUCCGAAUCCUCGUUACUUCGGAGAACAGCGGGUUGAUGGAGACCAUCACGGACGCGGUGUCGGUGCACUCGAUCAAGAAGGAGGCGUACUCACGGAUGAAGGAGGAAGACAAGGCGGCUGGGUAUACGCUCUACGAUCACUUCCUCGCGGCGUAUGGUCCGCCAACGAGUGCGGGCUUCGUGGCGGCGAGGGAUCGAUUCAUGCGCAGUCUCGCCGGGUACAGCAUCAUUUCGUACCUGCUUCAGAUCAAGGAUCGGCACAACGGCAACAUUCUCGUCGAUAACGAGGGACGGUUGAUCCAUAUCGAUUUCGGUUUCAUGCUCGGUAUCAGCCCCGGAGGCGUCGGGUUCGAAGCGGCACCGUUCAAGAUGCCGCAGGAGUACAUCGAUAUCCUGGGUGGACUGGAGAGUCGAAAGUUUGACGAGUUCAAGCAGUUGAUGCGCAAAGGGUUUAGGGAUGUACGUGCGCACGCGGAAAGGAUCAUCAUGCUGGUCGAGCUGAUGAGCAAGGAUUCGAAGCUGCCGUGCUUCGCGCUGGGCGAUCUGACGGCGAGCAAUCUCAGGGACCGCUUCCAGCUGGGGCUGAGCCGGGAGCAGUGCGACGAAUUUGUCGAUCGGCUCGUGCUAGCUAGUGCCGGGUCGGCGUUUACACGGCUGUACGAUGUCUACCAGAGGAUGACCGAGGGGGUUUUGUAG